CACCAAUUGCGAUGAAUACGAUACUGCCUGAGGAGCAGAUAGAAGUUUCAUCUUCAUGACACUCAUUAAAUUUGACAAGUUUCAUCGACAUUGGCGCCAGACCACUUUUCCACGCGCCACCCUGUACAUUACGCGUGCGUAGUAUGAGCGUAACGAUCCCUCGUAAGUGCGAGAGAGAAAGGAGGACACACAGAAGCGAAAGGAAGAAAGAGAUCGAAAAGGGAGGAGAAAGAGGGGUGAACGUCUCGCUCGCCGAGGGGUGUCGCGGGGCAACAGAUGUCCUUCCGCAUGACGCACGCGGGGUGCUCGUCCCUCGCGGAGAGGUAGUCUCGCGUCUGGUGGUCUCUGCAUGCGUCACGUCGCGAAAUUGCAGAGUGUGUGACUGUGUCCUCGCGAAGGAUCAACCGGGCGAAGGAUCUCAUUAGACGAAACAGCCGUUCGUCUGCGAAAUGUACGCGUGAAAUGUCGCUGGACGUGCGCCGCGCGGCUUUCUCCCGACGAAGGGCAUUCUCUGGUUAGCGCGCGAUGUGCGAGGUAUCGAAGAGCCAACGCAGGACGUUCCGGGACCAGGACCCACCGCGAAUAUGCAACAAGAGCGCGGAGAACCUGCUGCGAGACGAGCUCGAGUUCUCGCGCUCGACCCCGAGCUCGCCGACGACCCUUCAGCGCGCCGUCAGCCUCGAGAAGUGCUUCAGCGAGCCUGAGUUCUUCCAGAAGCAGCGCGAGCUGCUCUCGAAACAUGAACAACGGUCGAAGGAUGGCGACGGUGAGGAAAACGUCAUCCCUGGCUCCGCACGUGUGGACGACGAUUCUGGGAGUACGGCCGCAAGCAUCGAGGAACUCUCGAAGGAAUUCUCCGCCAAAGUGCCUUCCCCUUGCGAGCAGGCGAGCGAGGUAGGAGCGAACAAUUGUGUCAAAGAAAAGUCUUUAGAAAGACAAAUCAAUCUUUUCGUCACAAUUUUCUCGUCAAUGUUUUCAUCAUCAUUUUUUCGCGAAGUCGACUCUGCAAGAAGAUUGUAA